AUGUCUCUCCCAACGUUACCUCUUUUUACAGGAGAUGCAACUCUGUGGUUUGCACAGAUUGAGGCCUAUUUUUCGGCUCAUGGCAUUUCUCCCACACAGCAAUUGCAGCUUUUGUAUUGUGGCAUGGCCGCUCCACUCGCCACCUCUGCUAGGGAUCUAGUUACAGAUCCUAGCCCAGACGCCACUUAUGCGUCUGUUAAAGCGGAGAUUCAGUGUUGCAACACCAGGUCUGUGGAGAGCCACUUCAGCGAACUAAUGGCAGACGAAGAAUUGGGGGACAGAACCCUGUCACAGUUUUUGCGCCGUCUGAGUGAAUCAAGUGGUGAUCCCACUGAUGCGCCUCUUCUGCAGCAAAUUUUCUUUUCCAGAUUGCCUUCUGACAUACAGAUGAUCUUGGCCAUGGCUCUCGAGUACAACACCGUUGAUCAGAUCGCCACUAUGGUGGACAAAAUUUUAGAAUUUUCCAGACAGCCAUCAUCACAUGGUGCUUGCGUUUGUUCUAAGGCCCCUUUGGCAGCCUCAUUUAAUUCCUCUUCCUUGUCACAUGAUGCCAUUUCUGACAAGCUGGAUGUGCUCACACAAUGGAUGGACUCGUUGUGCCAGGAUAAUACAUGUUUUUCGCGUUCGUGUAGUCGCAGUCGUUCUGCCCCUCGUGCCUCUCGGUCACACUCCAGGCUGUGUUGGUACCACUCCAACUUUGCAGAUAAAGUGCACAAGUGCAUCCAGCCUUGUAGUUUAAAACCCUCUGGAAACUAG